CCUCUGUGUAAUCCUCUCCCCUGCUCCCUCCACUACCAGUCCACCACCACCACCACCACUAGCCUCGCUUCCCCCGCAAACCCUAGCCGAGGGAGGCGGUGGACGGCGAUGGACGGCGAAGGAGGCGGCGCUGCGGCCGUGCACCACAACACGCGCUCCCCCGAGGACGUCUUCCGCGACUUCCGCGCGCGCCGCGCCGGCAUCGUCAAGGCGCUCACCACGGAUGUGGAGAAGUUCUACCAGAUGUGCGACCCAGGUUGCCCUACUGUGAGUGCAAAAGGAAUGAGAAGGAGCUUGUGUUAGUAGAAGGGAUUCCAAAUUGUAGGAAGAAGCGGAGACAAGAUAAAAGUCAGAUACGGAUAUCAAUGGUGACAGGCCUAAUAUUGCCCGCUAUCCAUAACUAAUGCUGAUGUAUAUUCGUGGAAAACAAAUAUGAUUAAAGUGCCAUCUAGUCAUUUUAGCCACAUCCACAUUUUACUUAACUAACACUUGAAAUAGCAUUCCAUGCUCCGCUGUCUACUGAUGUUCAGUAAUACACCUGGUGUAUUUGACGCAUCAGCCUACAUUUCCUUCACUUUGUUUUGUUGAUAUAAAGUUGCUCCUCUUAUGCCAGAGAAAGAGAACUUGUGCCUUUAUGGGUUGCCAAAUGAGACUUGGGAGGUCACUCUGCCAGCUGAGGAAGUACCUCCUGAACUUCCAGAACCAGCACUGGGGAUAAACUUUGCCCGUGAUGGAAUGAUCGAAAAAGAUUGGUUGUCUCUAGUUGCAGUUCAUAGUGAUGCGUGGCUACUGUCUGUUGCGUUCUACUUUGGGGCUCGCUUUGGAUUCGAUAAAGAUGCCAGGAGAAGGCUCUUCACCAUGAUUAAUAACCUGCCCACUGUUUAUGAAGUUGUGACGGGGGUUGCUAAAAAGCAAUCAAAAGCCCCCAAUGGCAGCAGCAAAAGCAGCAAGUCUAACUCUAAACCAUCAAAACAGACCAACUCUAACAGCAAGCCUGCGAAGCCGGCUCACCCAAAAGAGGAGGAGGACAGUGGCCGGGAGGACGCGGAAGAGGAGGACCAGGCAUACCUUUGUGGCUCCUGUGGGGAGAGCUAUGCAAACGGCGAGUUCUGGAUCUGCUGUGACGUCUGUGAGAAGUGGUUCCACGGCAAGUGCGUCCGCAUCACCCCGGCCAAGGCAGAGCACAUCAAGCAGUACAAGUGCCCCAGCUGCAGCAGCAAGCGGAGCCGGGAAUGACGGCGCCUGGGGACGGGACAUGCUCCCUGUUGACAGUCGUGUUUAGAAUCAUUAGGAAGCGGUGAAGCGGUGUCAAUAACCGCUUCACCUGUAGUGGACCGGUGCAUACACCGGCUGUUAUACUUGUUUAAUGGUGCGAUGCUGUUGUUGUAAUAGACAUGGUGCUAGCUAGUGGUGAUGUGUUAGCAGGCUAACUGCUGUCAUCGUAGUGUGAGAUGAACUGCUGGAGUUUGGAAGCUCUCAUGUUCAGUAAUUAAGUGUUGGGUUAGUGUGUA